AUGCGAUAUCCUGAGGCGGACAUCCGUCCACACAAGGUCGGUUGCAAGCGAGGAUGCAACGCUGUAGUCGCAGCGAAGAGUCUCAAUAGUGACCUUCGCAAUGACGGUUUAUGGCCUCUGCGAUCUACCGACUUGGUAGUCGUUGACCUGUCUGCCUGUGAAUUGGUGGCCGAUGGUGUGAAGCUCGAUGACUCUUACAGCAAAGCUCAGAUAAUGACAAUGCAGAAACUGGCUCCUGCAGCGGUUAUUCUAGCCCUGCAUGCACCGAAACAAAUCCCAGGGUUCUCUAACUUUGGUCUUGAGAGGCUCUAUCGGGCAACGGCUGAGACUACCGAUAUUCCGCUCUGGGCAUGGCAGAUCAUCGCUGAGAAAAUGGAUACUCGAUUAGCCCGAACCGGACCGGCUUCGUGGCCGCAUCCUCAUUGGCCACUUCACUUCCUCAUUGCUGACUUCAUGGCAAUACUUUGG